CCCACAGUUCCUUGCAAAUGUAAACGUGGAAGAAAAUUCAGUGCUUCUGUCGAGCAAAUUAAUUCAGAGGAGGACAAAAACAUUUGGCAUUAUUCAAGUCUAUAACAUACUAUGGAAUCUGCUUUAGAACUACUUUAUAAAACUCUAGAUGACCUGGAAAAAGAUGAUCUGAAGAGAUUUAGGAGUCUCUUAAAAGAAGAUGGGCGUAUUGGAGCUGGUAAACUGGAGAAUGCUGGUGUCACUGAUGUAGUGAAUAUGAUGGUGGAGUGUUAUGGACCAGAAGAAGCUGUAAAGAUCACACUGAAGAUCUUGAAUAAGAUGAACCAGAACCAGUUGGCUAAAGAGUUACAGGAGAAACACGAAGAAGUGCAAAAAUCAUUAGAGGCAUCUAAGAAACACACCAGAGAAAAAGUUGAUUUCUGGCUGCAGGAAUUCUUGAUAAAUCACAAAAUUAAAAUAAAGGAGAAAGUGGAACAUAUAUUUGAGGGUAAAGAGGCAAAGGAAAAACAUCUGAAGAAUGUUUUCACAGAACUCUACAUUACAGAAGGGGAUAUUAAAGAAGUCAAUCAUGAACAUGAGGUUCUGCAGAUUGAUGAUGCCUUUAAAACCUGUAAAUCACAGAACAGCUCAAUCAAAUGCAAUGACGUAUUUAGUCUGAACAAAAAUAAGAAAAAGAUUGUGCUGACCAAAGGCAUUGCUGGCAUUGGAAAAACUGUCUCAGUGCAAAAGUUCAUUUUGGACUGGGCAGAAGGAAAAGCCAAUGGCAAUAUUGACUGUGUGUUUUUGCUUCCAUUCCGGAAGAUUAACUGCAUAAAAAACAGAGAGAUCAGUCUGCAUGAAUUUCUACAAAAGUUUAAUCCUGAAAUGCAGGACCUGGAAACAACAAAGAUAAAUAAGGUAUAUAAAUGUACGCUUGCAUUCAUCUUUGAUGGACUGGAUGAGAGUCGACUGACUCUGGAUUUUGACAGUGGAAUGGUGACGAGUGUUGAGGAGCGAUCAUCUGUAGAUGAACUGUUUACAAGUCUGGUAAAUGGGACUCUGCUUCCAUCAGCGCUUGUCUGGGUGACCUCGCGACCUGCAGCAGCCAAUCAGAUCCCUCCUGAGUAUGUUGGGUUGUUCACAGAGGUGCGAGGAUUCACUGACCAGCAGAAGGAGGAGUAUUUCAGAAAGAGAAUUAAAGAUGAGACUCAGGCCUCCAGAAUCAUCUCACAUAUUAAGAAAUCUCGAAGUCUUUACAUCAUGUGCUACAUUCCCGUGUUCUGUUGGAUCACAGCCACUGUUCUUCAGAACAUCACUAUUGGGAACAACGCAGAGGACAUCAACACAACACUCACUGAAAUGUACAUCCACUUUCUGCUGAUACAGAUGAACAUGAAGAACCAGAAGUAUGACCGAAAAACACAAAGAGAACAUACCAAGCUGUUAGAUUCCAAUAAAACAAUGAUUUUGAAGUUAGCCAAGCUAGCGUUUGAACAACUAAAGAAGGAAAAUAUUGUUUUCUACGAGAAAGAUCUGCAAGCAUGUGAUAUUGAUGUGAGUGACUUUGAGUCCACAGGAAUCCUGACUGAGAUCUUCAAGCAAGAGGCUGUACUUCACGAGGUGAAGGUCUUCUGCUUUGUGCAUCUGAGUGUUCAAGAGUUUCUCGCUGCUGUGCAUGUGUUUCUUUGCUACCUGCACAAGAACAUGAACGAGCUUCAGUUUUUCUUUGAAGAAACACAAAAUGAGGUCAGGCUAAUCUGUGAGCUUCAGUCUGAAAGUCCAUUGCAUUAUUUGCUAGUGAAGGCUGUUGAGAAAGCAGUGCAAAGUCAGAGAGGACAUUUAGACCUCUUUUUGCGGUUUCUGAUGGGCAUUUCACUGGAAUCCAAUCAGAACCUGCUCAGAGGCCUGUUCCCUCACACUGAAGAUAGCAAAGACAGCGUCACAAAAACAAUCAAGCACAUUAGAAAACUAUUACAAGAGUACACUUCACCUGAAACUUCAGUAAACCUGUUUUACAGCUUGCUGGAGCUGAAUGACAAUUCAUUAUAUAUGGAAAUCAAAAGUUACAUCAAAUCAUAUACAAGAACCCGCCUCUCAUCUUCCAUGUGUUCAUUGCUGGCCUACGUACUGAUGAUGUCACAGGAGGUGCUGGAUCAGCUUGACCUGCAUAGGUACGAGACAUCAUGGGGAAACCAAAAGAGAUUCCUCCCCGCUGUGAGAUGCUGCAGGAAAGCCUUACUCUAUGGAUGUGGUCUCGAUAAUACCUGCUGUGAAACUGUGGCUGUGGCACUGCAGAUACCAGACUCACCCCUGAUAGAGCUGGACAUGAGUGACAAUGAUCUGAAGGACUCAGGAGUGAAGCUGCUCUCUGAUGCACUGAAGAGCCCAAACUGUCAGCUGAAGAUACUGAGAUUGUAUUGCAGCAAUCUCACUGAUCAGAGCUGUGAAUUCAUGGGAUCAGUUCUACAAUCAUCAAACUCUCGUCUGAUAGAGCUGGACAUGAGUCGCAAUAAGCUGCAGGACUCAGGAGUGAAGCUGCUCUCUGAUGCACUGAAGAGCCCAAACUGUCAGCUGGAGAUACUGAGAUUACGGUACUGUUUUCUCACUGGUCAGAGCUGUGAAUUUAUGGCAUCAGCUCUACAAUUAUCAAACUCUCGUCUGAUAAAGCUGGACAUGAGUGAGAAUGCUCUGCAGGACUCAGGAGUGAGGCUGCUCUCAGAUGCACUGAGGAGCCCAAACUGUCAGCUGAAGAUACUGAGAUUGCAGGAAUGUAAACUCACUGGUCAGAGCUGUGAAUUUGUGGCAUCAGUUCUACGGUCAUCAGACUCUCGUCUAAUAGAUCUAAACAUGAGUCACAAUGAGCUGCAGGAUUCAGGAGUGAAGAUACUCUCUGAUGGACUGAAGAGCCCAAACUGUCAGCUGGAAAAACUGAGGUUUGAAAUACAGAUGUGUUUUUUAUGUGAAUUUGAUCGACAUGAUGUAAGUGUUUGCAGUAAGGAUGUAAAGAUUCACUCAUUGUCUCAAAUGCUUUGAUUGCAAAUUCUGAUUAUGUAUAUACCUCAAUCUUGAUGCAUGGAUUUCUGAAUUGUGAGACAU